CGCAAAAGGGGUAUAAAAACAAGAGCGACUUUGAGUUUGAGUAUAAUAUUAAUCAGUCAUGAUGAAGUCUGGCUUUCUCUUAUUCAUUACCUUUGGAGUCUUCAGCUCUAUGCAGCUACUUACACUGGCAAAAAAGCCUGGAUCAGUGGAUCUUAGUGUCUCUGCCCUCCGUGGUCGUGAUGGUAGGGAUGGGCUGCCAGGAAAAAAUGGAUGUGAUGGAGUGCAGGGACCAGUGGGUCCAAAAGGACUCCCUGGAAAGAAUGGACCUCCUGGAAAGAAUGGACCUCCUGGUACAUCCGGAGACCCUGGAACAAAGAGUGCGGGAAAAGUGGUCUACACCAGGUGGGGGAAAACUACCUGCAGAGAUGGAGCCAAUCUAGUCUAUGCUGGAGUAAUGGCUGGAAGUCAUCAUCUUCGCACUGGUGGUGGUACCACUCGACUGUGCAUGCCCAGUAAACCUGACUACACCCUCCCAUUCAUUAAAGGUGUGCAGAACUACAGCCCACUCUACAAUGUCGAAUAUCAAAAUACUGUUCGAAACCAUGGCCACGACAUUCCUUGUGCUGUGUGUAUGGUACCCACUAAAGAAGUUGUGUUAAUGGUACCCGGCAAGAGCUCUUGUCCAGCUGGAUUCACGAGAGAGUACUACGGUUACCUCAUGUCAGAGAGGGUGCAUGGUAAUCAUAAACGAUCUACAUUUGAAUGCGUUGACAAAGCUCUCGAGUCUGUACCUGGAAGUGCACAACAGAAGGGAAAUGGUCUGUUUGGUCAUGUUGAGGCUGUGUGUAAUGCACUCGCUUGCCCUCCUUACAACAACUACAAAGAGAUCAACUGUGCUAUGUGCACAAUGUAGCUGUUCCGUUAUGAGAGCUGAAUGCGAGAACACUGAACUAUAUGUAGACUAAUACAGUUAUUCAGUAAUUUGUAGAUCUAUAGCUGUCAUAAUUAUGAAUAACGAGAGAAAGUGGUUGACUAUAAUUAUAGCUGCUUAGUGAAGUCAUUUACAGCAAUUUAAUUUGUACUGA